AUGCACGGGUCAACAGUGGCAGAGAAGUGGUUGAACCUCUUCAAUGCUGUCUGCUGCCUUUUACUGGAGAGGGUGACUGGAACUAUCUCAACAAAAAAUCAAGCUGCUACCAUACAGAUAAGUCUCUGUUUAUCAAUUGGAGCGGCGGAGCCUCUGAUUCAGGUAUUUUUUGGAAUUGCCCAGCCCAGCUGCUACCAUACAGAUAAGUCUUACAUUUCUAAUAUGCCUCUUGGAACAUGGCAAAGUAACCGCUGUACAUUCUCAUCUUCGUGUUACUCUGAUGGGAUUAUGCCUAAUUUGUCGACCAAUGGAUCUUCAUGUACUGAUGAGCUUAGAAGUCCGGCAAUUUCAGAUGAGAGGAUCUCUGGUGAACGGGUUCUAAAACUACUUUCUGGAGCAUGUUACAUGCCUCAUCCUGCUAAAGAAGAAACUGGUGGGGAAGAUGCUCAUUUUAUGUGUGUGGAUGAGCAAGCACGAUGGAGUUGGUGGUUGGGCAGAUGUUGUUGCGGGUAUUGGAAAAAGCGCAUGCAAAGACUAAAGCCAUGGGUUCCUCAACAGCCUGCAUUAUUGCCCUUAAAAAUCAGGGGUGAUCUACCUAGCUCUGGACAGGUGUUCACAGUCACUGUUGCACCCGGAGAUGUGGUGGUUACAGGAUCCGAUGGCUUGUUUGAUAUCUUGUAUAAUAUGGAGAUAGCAGUUGUUGUGGCAGAUGCAGCCAAAGAUGGCCUUAGCCCGGAUGCUACAGCACAAAAGAUUGCAGUUUUUGCACGCCAUCGAGCUUUAGACAGGAAACAGCAAACUCCAUUCUCUACUGCAGCACAAGAAGCUGGAUAUUCUUAUUUUGGUGGUAAACUUGAUGAUCUCACAGUUGUUGUCUCUUACGUCUCUGUUUAA